GAUAAAUAAAGAUAAAAUUUUUAAGUCUUUUACAAAAUAAAACACAAAUAUAUGAAAAUGUGACAUUUACUAAAUAUUUGUCAAUUGAAAAAAAAAACAAAAAUAAAUCCGCGCUUUGAAAGCGCGGGUCAAAAUCUAGUCACCAUCUUAAAAUAAACAACUUAAGCACGUCGUCUAAAUGUGUUGGAAGUGCCACACACGAAACCAAGUGGGGGAGAAUAAUAUAAACUUUACACAAAAAGCGACUAUAUAUCAAGGGACUUCACGUUGAACUAUAUCAUAACAAAGAAGAGAAACUAAAAAGAGCAGCUACGGGUAGAAUGAGAUCCCCAAAAAUUAUGGGAUUAGGGCAUUGCAUGGUUUAUGUUGUGGUCUUUAGCGCCAUCGUAGCUGCAGCUUACCCUUAUGAAUCUCCCCCAACAACUCAGAAAUAUCCCCCAGUCCAUAAAACCAAAUCACCAUAUCCACCCAAAAAGAAUUCCCCAUAUUACUCGGCACCACCAUCUCCUCCACCACAAUAUAGAAGACAAGGCCCUAAAUAUACACCACAUCCAAAACCAUAUAUCUACAGUUCCCCACCACCUCCGUCAUACUACUCUCCUUCCCCGAAGGUCGAAUACAAAUCUCCACCACCGCCUUAUGUCUACAGCUCCCCACCACCUCCACCAUACUACUCUCCUUCCCCGAAGGUAGACUACAAGUCUCCACCACCGCCAUAUGUAUACAGCUCUCCACCACCGCCACCAUACUAUUCUCCUUCCCCGAAGGUAGAGUACAAGUCUCCGCCACCACCAUACGUUUACAACUCUCCACCACCUCCACCAUACUACUCUCCUUCUCCUAAGGUCGAAUACAAGUCUCCACCACCACCAUACGUGUACAGCUCCCCACCACCUCCGCCAUACUACUCUCCUUCUCCGAAGGUAGAGUACAAGUCUCCUCCUCCUCCUUAUGUCUACAGCUCCCCACCACCUCCGCCAUACUACUCUCCUUCUCCGAAGGUAGAGUACAAGUCUCCACCACCUCCAUACGUUUACAACUCCCCACCACCUCCACCAUACUACUCUCCUUCACCAAAAAUAGAGUACAAAUCUCCACCACCUCCAUACGUCUACAGCUCCCCACCACCUCCACCAUACUACUCUCCUUCCCCAAAAAUUGACUACAAGUCUCCACCGCCGCCAUAUGUCUACAGCUCUCCACCACCUCCACCAUACUACUCUCCUUCCCCGAAGGUAGACUACAAGUCUCCACCACCGCCAUACGUAUACAGUUCUCCACCACCGCCACCAUACUACUCUCCUUCUCCGAAGGUAGACUACGAGUCUCCACCACCACCUUACGUUUACAGCUCUCCACCACCCCCACCAUACUACUCUCCUUCUCCUAAGGUCGAAUACAAAUCUCCACCACCACCAUACGUUUACAGCUACCCACCACCUCCGCCAUACUACUCUCCUUCUCCGAAGGUAGAGUACAAGUCUCCACCACCUCCAUACGUCUACAACUCCCCACCACCUCCACCAUACUACUCUCCUUCCCCAAAAGUUGACUACAAGUCUCCACCGCCACCAUACAUUUACAGCUCACCACCACCACCAUACUACUCUCCUUCCCCGAAGGUAUACUACAAGUCUCCGCCACCGCCAUAUGUAUACAGCUCCCCACCACCUCCACCAUACUUCUCUCCUUCGCCAAAGAUGGUCUACAAGUCUCCACCACCGCCAUACGUCUACACCUCCCCACCACCUCCACCAUACUAUUCUCCUUCCCCGAAGGUAAACUACAAAUCUCCACCACCGCCAUACGUUUACAGCUCCCCACCACCUCCACCAUACUAUUCUCCUUCCCCGAAGGUAAACUACAAGUCUCCACCACCGCCAUACGUCUACAGCUCACCACCACCUCCACCAUUCUAUUCUCCUUCCCCGAAGACCGAAUACAAGUCUCCACCUCCGCCAUACGUGUACAGCUCCCCACCACCUCCACCAUACUAUUCUCCUUCGCCAAAGGUUGACUACAAGUCUCCACCACCGCCAUAUGUCUACAGCUCCCCACCAUACUACUCGCCUUCCCCAAAAGUUUCCUACAAGUCUCCACCACCUCCACCAUAUGUCUACAAAAUGCCCUACUACUAAUUUUUAAAUUGUUUCUUUAACAAGCAACAUGAUUCAUUGCUAUUGUUUUUUUUGAUGAAAUUGUCUUUUGAUUUUCCGUUGUUGUUGCCUCCUCUAUUUUAUGGUUUUAUAAUACCACUAAAAUUUGGCUACUUUUUGGAUGCACCUAUUUAUUGGUAGAUGUUGUUCAAACUCACUCUAAAUUUGAAAUAAUUACAUUUUCCUAUCCAAUAAUUUGCAUUUAAAUUAAAUUUAGUCAUUUUUAUAUGGAAUUCUGUUCAUUAGUUUCAUAUUGGUGAAACAUUGAAAAAUUGUUGAUGUAUGCUUGUAGUUUUAUUUUUAGUGAAAUAAUCUGUGCACCAGCAAGAUAAUUUUGAGUAAUUAAGCUGAAUUGAAAUAAAACAUUCUUGACAUAAUUCUAUUGUAGUGCAUAUUAAAUCCAAAACCCAUAUAUGUGUAUUAGAAUUUUAUAGAUCUUUUUUACGCCUCACUAACUGAUGUUGUUGUUUAUUCUGAAUGCUUUUUAUCUAACCAAAAUAUAUAGCCUCAAUUACACAAUUAAAUAUGGUCGGAUUGGUAGCCGACUACCCAAUAAAUUUCAAGGACGGUAGAUAUUGGAGGAAAUAUUAACAAUACUAAUAUUUGGAAUCCCUCGGUUUAUAAAUUAUUUGUUGAAAAUGUAACAAUUUCCUGAAAUUUAACUUUGUCGAUAAAAAUCGACUUUAUUUUUAUAUUUAGCUACGACUGUUUUGUAAGUAGGUGAAUCUUUGGAAAGAGAGGAAUGAGAGAAGACACCAAACGGGGUUUCGGACAGUGGAACAUGUGGUUCGGAUCAUUAAUAAGGCUAUGCAAAAUAGGAUUACUUCUCUUCGAUAUAAGGCUGACCACAAGUUUACAGGCUUGAUGUGUCGGUGGUUCGAAGUUACGGUUUAGCUCACAUGAUCUUGAAAUUUAUUUUUUACAUUCAUUGCAUAUUUUUUCUUUUAUAGUUCUUAUAGCCUCUCAUAACCUAUUGUAAAUUCCUAAUAUUAUCCAUUGAUCAAUAAAUUUCACAUUUUAACAACAAAAAAAAACUAGGCGAAUCUCUUUGUUUUUCACAAUAAAAAGACAUUGUGAUAAAAUACAAUUUGUUGAUUUCAAUAUAUUUUGAUGAUCUUUAGUAAAUUUAUAUCUAAAAUGAAAAUUAAAGUCUUUGAAACAUAUUUUAUAUACGUAAAAGCUAUACGAAAAUACCAUUUCAAAAAUUUUAAUUAAUACAAUCAAAUAUUUUCUUAUUUUAAAAUUUUAAUAUAAAAAAAUCUUUAAAAAAUAGAUUUUUUCUAAAUUAAUAAGUCUGCAAAUUAAUAAAAUAUUAUAGUCCCACCAUUAUUAGUAUAUAGACUUUUCACUGUAGUACAAUUUCAGGUGCAUAGCUCAUAUUAGAAUAUAAUUAAUUACAUGGUAAAUGUGAUAUGUUACAUCUUUGUUUUUGCGUCUAGGAGUAACUAUGGAUUUCCAGUGCGCCUAUUGAAGAUGGAUUAGUUAGGUUUAGUAAUAUUGAGGGUAUUUAUGAAUGAACACAAGCGAAGAGCAUCCCAUAGACAUUGCCAAUUUGUGAUAUAAAAUUCUAAGAGAAAAUUACUAGAAUGUUACACAUUUUAUGGUUUAUUACUAGAAUGUUGUACAUCUUUAUUUUAUUACUAGAAUGUUUUCUCUUUCCUAGUAAUUUACAAUAAGGGGCUUUUGUUAUGUUUUAUUUUCUGAAACUAAUUUUAAAGAUCAAAGCCACAUCAGUUAUUAAAAAUCCACAUCACAUCAGUUAUUUUCUGAAACCAAACCGUCUCUAUCACUAUCACUAUCAUACAUACGGUUUUGUCAAAAAAAAAGAAAGAAAAGAACACGAAGAACUGUAUUGUGUCGAAGAAGGAACCGCAAACCGAAAUCCUCUCACCCUUCGAAACCCUCGUCGACAUUGUUCUUUACUUCUUCGAACUCUCUCUAACUCUCUGUCGUUGAACUCUCUAUAACUCUCUGUCGUUGAACUCUGUCUCGUCGGAGUUUUUAGAAACCGUCGUCUGUACGAAAUCGCCUUCACCGCAUUCUCAUCAACGAGUUCAUCUUUUCCGGUAAGAUGUCGCGACGUUAUAUAUUGUAUUUUGGUUGAGUUUGUGGGUCAGUUAUAUAUUGAGGCUGUGAUAUGGGUGUGUCGAGGUUUUUGUUGCGACUGAGUUAGGGUUAUGUUGACUGUGCUAUGGGUUUGUCGAGGAUUUUGUUGUGUCUGAGUUAGGGUUAUGUUGCGGCUGAGAUAUGUGAUUGUCUAGGCUUUUGUUGUGUCUGAAUUAGGGCUUUUUGUUGUGGCUGAGUUAUGGUUAUGUUAUAACUGAGUAAUUAUUAUGUUAUGGCUGAGUUAUGGUUAUGUUAUAACUGAGUAAUUAUUAUGUUAUGGCUGAGUUAUAUAUAUGACCUAAUAUAUUUUAAUAUUAUGAUAUGGCUGUGUUAUUUUUAUGUUGUGGCUGAUUUAUUGUUGUGUUAUAUGAUCAGAUGGAUGUUAGUCAAGUCGAACCACGUGAUUACCCUCCAAGACUUUACCCUUCUAACCUAGAAGGUAAAGAUAUCAAUCAUAAUUUCCGUGCAGGACAUUUCCCCCACAUUAAAGAAACAAUAGGACUCGAUGUGUGGGAAGAACUGGUGAACUCUCCCAUUGGAGUAGUUGCUAGGCUACUUUCACGCGAAAGCAUUUGGUCUGGUAGGACCGUACACUAUCUGCUAUGUAGACAGCUGCGAGUGCAUAAAAAGGAGAUAUGGUCUGUUGUGGUUGAUGAUGUUAUCAGGUUUAGCUUGCUCGAGUUUGGUGAGAUCACUGGGUUAAACACAGGUCCAUUGCCAACAGAAAGUUUUGAACCUGAUCAAUACAAAGAGUUUUGGGAGGAGUUGAAGGUGCCGCUUGGGAUGGGACCCAAGUAUGAUGAGCUGAAGGCAGCAUUAGAGUUCUGUCCUGGUUGGAGUUUUGAAAAGCGUAAGUGGUUGGGGAUGUUAUUUCUUCAAGCCAUGGGACUGUACUGUUUGCAUCACAAUUCAAGGAUACCCUUUCAAAGUGCAAUAAGGGUAUUCGACGAUGAAGCCAUGAGGUCGUAUCCAUGGGGUCGGACUGCAUACGAAGUUCUUGUUGACUCUCUGAAAACACUGUGUCCAGAUGGAAAGUCAUACACAGUAAGCGGCAUGAAGGACGUUUUAUUGGUUUGGGCGUAUGAGUCCAUCGUCUGUUUCGGUGAGAAGUUUGGGAGAGUGGUCAACAAUGAAGACGUUCCUCUUUUGCGAUGGGGUGGAAGGCGUACACGUUCAAGUUUUGAUACUGUCUUGUCUGACGAAAUCAAAGAUCAUGGCGAGGUAAUGUUUAACUGCUACUUAUACGACUGAGUUAACAGCUACUUAAUGGUUGAGUUUAUUUUAUAUUGUUGCCGAAUUAGUCUAUUUGAUGGCUGAGUUUAUUUUAUAUUGUGACCGAAUUAAUUUAUUUGAUGGCUUGGUUUUGUGUUAUUUGAUGGCUGAGUUUAUUUUAUAUUGUGACCGAAUUAAUUUAUUUGAUGGCUUGGUUUUGUGUUAUUUGAUGGCUGAGUUUAUGAUAAACUGGUGUUGCAGGUCCGUUUGAGGAGAAUGGUUAUGAAGGAGUCAAUUGAAGAGAUGUUUCCUGUAUGGUCGGAUGAACCUGACGACCCACAACUCGUUAGUGUAAGUUAAUAUUUACAUAUGGCGCGAAAAUUUUAGAUAUUUUAUCUCGCGACCUUUAAUGUUCUAUACUUCCCCUAUAUAUAGCCCCCUUCUCUUGCACCUUCUCGCCUUAUCUCACUAGAAAACCUAAACAAUAUCUCUAUAUCGCCUUACAAAGUUAUGAUUGUUCCUGGUUAUUCAGAAAGGUUAGAGAACAGAGUCAAUGAGAUACUAAACUCUGAAAAUCGUGAAAACCUUCCCGUUCUAUACCCUGGCCCGGGUGUCUUGCUUGACAGCGUAAUCUGGUUUAAAUUUCUAAGCGAUCUCUCCCUGGCCAUCCCGUCGAUUUUAGCAGAAGGAUGGGUUCAUGAUUGGCCGACAUGGCGCGCCAUUCCCGAUCAUUUUAAGGAACGCUGAUUUCUUCAACUCGCUGUAAGGACAACAUCUUUGAAUUGUUUUUGAUAUUAGACAUAAUAACAGCACUUACAUUUGGAAAUUGUUUUUUUGUUGUAGCGCAAACGCACAUGGGCACGAAGAUAUAAUUUUCAAGUUUGGACAAAUUUUAAUCUGGUGGCCAGAACGGUGUUUCGUUGUCAGAUGCGCCUCUUGAAGAAGAGGUGGGCACAUGGGGGUGAGAAGCCUGCGUGGAUGCUAACUAGAGUUUGGCGUGAUCUUGUCCACAUGUUUGAAGAAUUUGGUCCUGAUAAUUUUGGUUUUAGAAAUUGAUUUGUUGUUUUUGUUUAUAUUCAGCCGUCAAGUUUUUGUAAAGUUGUUUAACUCAGCCGUUAAGUUUCUAUAAAGUUGUUUAACUCAGCCAUUAAGUUUCUAUUAAGUUGUUUAACUCAGCCGUUUAGUUUCUAUAAAGUUGUUUAACUCAGCCGUUAAGGUUUUAUAAAGUCAAACGUCAGUGUUUCAGUUAAGUAACUCAGCCGUAAUACGAAUUAAGAUACUAAUAACUCAGCCUUAUAGUGUAAAAAUACAAAGCCAUAGUUAACGCUAUUUUCAAUGUAUUAUUAUGGCCGCCAUUACUUAAUCGAGACCAGUAUUAGAGUCUUUUAUUCUCUUAUUAUUAUACGUGCGAGAAGUUCCAUCGUCAUUGAGAAUAUCGAGACUCAUUAUUAUGGCCGUCAUUACAUUAUCGAGACUACUAUUAUUAGAGACCUUUAUUCUCUUAUUAUUAUGUGCAUGACAAAUUUUGUUUGCAUUGAGAAUAUCGAGACUCAUUAUUAUACGGCUGGCACGCAUGUAUCGGAUUAUUUACAUAAUCGAGGUAUUGUUAUUUUUAAUGUAACUCAGUCAAUACGUCUACGUUAACUCAGCCAAAAUAUAGACGCUAACACAGCCGUAAUACGAAUUCAACUUAAGUGUUUGAUAAAAUAAUAAAGAACCUUUCGUAUUUCUUGAUUUGAUUGAGUAUUCGUCAUAAUUAAAGUGCAUCACGUGUGUGGAAAAAUACGGCUCAAACCUAAUAUCGAGGCAUUUAAUAGUUUAUUAAUUUAAAUUAUUCCUCUUUAUUUGAAUUUUUUUAAAAAAUGAUUUUAUAUUACUACCACUAUUGUUUUAACUUUGUCUUUCACACCAAUUUCUCUUUCAUUCAAAGAAAAUGUCUUCUUCAUCAUCUGUGUCUGGUAACACUUACUUUCACCGCCGGCAUGUGGAAAGAGGAACGCCGAAACAGUGUUGGUGUGGUGAACCCGCUGAAUUAUGUACAUCUGCAUCACGGGCUAAUCCAGGAAGACUGUACUAUUGCUGUCGCAAAGGAUAUAUUAAGGUUUGAUUUUUAAUUUUAUUCAUUAUACUGUCAAUGUGAUACUAAGAGCUGGGCAUGUUGGUGAAAUCAGAGACAUUUAUUCAAAUGGGCGGACGAGUGCUUGGUGGAAGAGGUAGAAGAUAUGAAAUCGGUGAUGAGUGACAUGACCAAAGGCAUAUCAGAUCUGAGAGUAGACGUUGGUCGGUUGGAGAAAGAACUCGGUAAAGCGGAAAAGAUGAAGUGUUUGAUGUUUCCAGUGGUGGUUUGUGGGUUUGGUAUGGCCAUAUUUUGGCACUAUUUCUUUGCGUAGUCAUGUGUUGUAAUCAUAAUUUAGACGCAAUGUUUUUAGUAACUCAGCUAUUACGUUCAAUGCAACUCAGCCAGUACGUUAAUUAAUUCAUAAUCAAACAAUAACCCAGCCAUAAUACGAGUAUUCGUCAGUCAUAACGUUUUAAUAACUCAGUUAUAACGUUCACUGCAAUUCAGCCGUUACGUUAAUUAAGUCACUAUCAAACAAUAACCCAGCCAUAAUAUGAGUAUUCGUCAGUCAUAA